AUGCAGCGGUCAUGAGACUUUUGGCUUUUUUUUCCAUCUUUCUCUGUUUUUCACAAACUUAUAGUGCUGAUCGAGAAAAACGACAAUUUUUUCAACAAACGAGGUCAGUUUUUCAAUUAUUGCUUCGGAAAAUCUAGAAAAUCCGCUUUUUAUCUGUGUGAGCUCACCUCUUUUCCUCGAUAGUUUCACGGAUUCUUUCAGAAAUGUUUCAUAAGCUCCUGACUCUCAUUUUCAGUUUUAUAUUGUCGAGAAUAGAUAAAUGACAACAUUCCUCUCGUUUAGUAGCUCGAAAAUGUAUUUCAAAGAAGAAAUUUCGGAUGAAAUAUUAAACUGCUCAGUUUUAUUAUGAAUAAAUUCCUGAACUGCACCCUUAGCGCAAUAAUUUUUCAUCAUCUUCGAAAUUUUCCAGGUCACUCUCAAAUGGUUACGCAAGCGACGGAAAUCCUUUAUUGAAUGAAGAUGUGUACAAUAUUUUCAUGCAAACCAUUCUGCAUGGAUUCAACGUGUUCAAGAUAAAAAUGUACAACGAUCGAGCCUUCAUUUAUCGGACGAGAAGAAGUUAUUGGCUUGGAGAUCGUUACUAUUACAUGGUUUUUUUUUCUCGAAAACAAUGAAAAUAAUCAUACUAAGGACAACCGCUACUACUUGCCGACUCGGGACACCUGUGCUUACCGCAUGAACGAAACCCAAAGGAAAGAUUUGUACUACGAAGAAGACAACACUCCGAUUUUUGAUAUUAUAUAUCAGUGAGAAUUUUUCGUUUCCAAAAUUUUUAAGGGGAUUUUCCAGAUGUCAAAGGUACGUAGAGUACUGUUGCGGUCUGGAUUGCUGCAUGAUCGAUCAGAUAAACCGUCCUCCUGAUAGGCCACAUCAUAUGAAAUACCCCUGGAGCGAUCCAAACGGCUCUUCUGGCUUACGUUUUGGUAUUAUAUUUCUGUCUUUCAUGUUAUGUGUCUUGUAUUCAGAAUGAAGUUUUUUUUUCGAAGAUAUUUUGGAAGUAAAAAAACAGCCGCUGUGACUGAAAUAUCGUUUUUUUAUGACUUCAAGCUCGUGUUUUCUGAAAUUAGGAAGAUUUACAGGUUGGAAUUGGCCUGAUCUUUUGUUGACAUAAAACAUUAUUUGUGAAUGAUAUCUAACUUUUGCUCUAUUUUUAUGCACUAUCUCCGCUUUCGAAGUUUCCAUCAAGUUUUAAUAUGCAAAAAAACAUAUGAAAUAAGUGAAGAGCCUUAUGAACACAAGAAAAAUUAGAAGUGCUCAUUGGGAGCUAAUUAUUCUCAGAAUGAGAGAAGUGUUUGCCGCGCAGUGGGAGGGUAUUCUUGUUUUCCAUUUUGCGUUGUUUCUCACUUCAAAAUGCAAAUCUUCAAUUAAAUUUUUUGACAUUCUACCUGAAGCCUGAACAAAUCACCAGACUAAAAUCGUCGCUUACUGCGAUUGGAAAAAAUGGACAAAACGAUCCUGAUUGAAUUUUCUGCGCAAAAAAAAUUUUUUUUUUGGUAUUGAGAAAAAGACCUACAAAACUUUUUUUCAAACAACGAAUAUACGCUGUUCUGAGAUUUUAGUCAUUCUUACAAAGUAUUUUCAAUUAUUUUUUCUUGAUAUUCGUCAUGCUGGUGUUAGAAGUUCAAACAGAAGUUACGUUAUGACAAUAAUAUAAAAAUUUUUUUUUGAAAGUCAAAGUAUCCUCUGUUUCCGAAAGCUGAGUUCUCAGCCGUUCCGGUAGUUUCAGAAUUUCUCGUCUUAGAAGGCUUUUUUUUCCAAAUCAUUUCUUGUUCUCUUUUUAGAGAUUUUUGGAAACCGACUCGGAAUGGUCUAAUAUAAACAAAAAUGUGAUUCUGAGCCCGGACGGAGUCCAACUGCUCGUGUUGCUUGUUAGCGCGCGGUGCAUCAAAUUCACUCAGAGCCUCCCACGUUUCCCUUCCUUCAUCUUCCUUAUUCUUUUUCUUUCUGCUUCGUUUUUGGUGGAAGCAGUGCACGCGAGGUUUUCGUAUUUUUGUCUCUGCAAGUUCUUCGACAUGUUUACAUCUGUCUAAAACUACUAUUUUAAAGCCUGAGAGCAGUUGAGUUUUGGUUUUUGAGGUUAUCUUGUGGAAGUUUCAUAUCAAUCGUUUUUCGGUAGGUUUGAUAGGUAGGUUAUCUGAGUCUGCGAUCGUCAGUUUAAUGAAAAACGUCAGAAACUUUCUUUGAAGUUACAAAUGAAACUCCGAAGACUUUGCUUCAUAACGUUUUGAUUUUUGAGAAUAAGGACCUAGAAGUCGAACAAAGUCGAAAAUCGCUGAUAAAAACUCCAAUCGGAGACUUUCGAUCUUUUCAUCUCGAAAAAAGAAGUUUCACAGGCUUUAAAUUGAUUUAUAAAAGAUCAAUGUGAAUACUGUUCAGAAAAUUCCUGGUCACAAAAAGAAUUUAAAUUUCCUCGUCACAGGAAGUUCCUUAUACUUUGAGGCUUGAAACCUUUUGAAAAUUAAGCAUAAUCGGAUAUGUAAACUUUUGGGAUCGAAAGUCCAUCCAAUUUGAGCUUGAGCAAAAAUAGUUUAAUGAAGUACGAACCUUACAUUUUCCCGCAUUGGUUUGCUAUUCGUGUGAAAUUCUUCAUGAAUAAAAGUUUUGAUUUCUGGAUGGUAUUAUAAAUAAAUUGAAAAAAAAAAUGGAAAUUAAAGCAAGCAGAAAAAAAUAUUAAAAAGAGAAAAAAAUUUAAGCGAUUAAUCUAUUGGAACAUGAUUUGGAGAAAUCGUGGAUGUACGGAACCACAACGUGGGAACAUUUGAACUAGAGAGUUGACGGGAAUUCGUUGUGAUUUCAAAGGUUUCGCCUUGCCUCAUAAAUUGCGUGCCGUUUUUCAAAGUUGUUGCAAAGAGAACGGCCUUAAUGACGACACCUUGUGGCUCUCGGCUUCUCCGGAUAACUUAAACUCUCCGGAAUCUCACCACGUAGGAUUUUUCCCUGAACGAUCCUGGAUAUUCUUUUUUUUAUUUGUUUCCGCUGAUUUCCAGCAAAAAAAUCACAUAAAUUUAAGUCUUCUGGUUCAUCCGUUUGCAAAAAAAUUGUAAAUUAAUUAUUUUUUUCUGAUUGGAAUGAAUGAAGAAUUUUUUUGUGAAAAACCCUUUUUUUAACUUUUUUUGAUUUUUUUAUUCUGCGGUGACAGUUUUCGAAUCUUGAGCCCACUUUCUCAUGAAAUCAAUUAUUCUGAGUGUUUUCUUUGGGCAAAACUAAAUUUGAAGUGCUUCCCACUUUUUCUGUUUGAAUGCAAUCCAGCUCUUCUUUUUCAAGUGAGAAAGCGGAAGAAAACCGUGAAAGAAUUCUCCCGGAAAAAAAUUGGAACAAAAGUUUUUUUUAAUUUUUUUACUCCCGUUUAGAUCAAAUGUUUUUUUUUAUUCUUCGUCUCUAUUACUUUGAUCUGUUUUUCUUCGAAGAUUUCGACUUUUGUUAUCUUCCGAGUUAUCUAGAGUCGUGCAUUUCUGGAUUUCAUGAGAACUUUCAUUCAAAACGUCUUUUGGAAAUUAUUCGUCCGCAAUUUCGAUGCAAAUUGCAGUGGGUUGCAUUUUUGUGAAAGGUGGCGGAUGGGCGAAAAAUAAAAGACGGCCGAAGACACUGGAAUGUGCUUCUGCCGCUGGUGCGACAGGCUCCGUCCAAACCCGUUGCUCUUCGUUUUCUGCGUCAGUUUCUGCUGUCUGGCUUUCGGUCUUUGCAUCGCCAUUUACGACAUCAAUCAGUACGGCAGUGGUUUGUACUUGGUUGGUGAUUUUUUAUAAUCCAAAUCAACUAGAGUAUAUUUUGGGUACCUAAAUUCUUGGAAUGUUCUCAUCUAUUUUUUAAGAAUUUUCGAGUCUAUUUUUCUAAGACGCCAAGGCGUUUGUAAUAGUCGUGUGGAACAAGUCUUUGCCAUUCAAAUUAAAUUUUUGAAUUUUUCUUGUUGGGGAAUGAAGUUUGUAUCAUGUACACAACAGUUUUUCCAGAGAUUUUAUUGAUAUUGAUUUUUUGAUUUUUUGAUCAACGAUACUGCGUUGAUUUUUAUAUUGGCUCCAAAAAAGUUUCACUUCGCAAAUUUCUGUUCAAUUUCGACCUUUAUAAGUUUUUACCCGCUUUCAACUUCCGGCAUUUAUGUUGAUGCCACGAAAACUUCGGAAAAGCGAUCCCACGAUUCUUUGCAUUACUUGAGUUAUGGAACUUGAACGGAAAACUCAUAAGGAAGUUCUGAAGCUCCUUCCACUUUCAUUAUUUCUGAUUUUUUACCUAAAUUAGAAGCAAGGUACUUUGGUAAGUUUGUCAAUGAUUCAUAAAAUAUCUCCUAGCCCUGUCGAAUUGUCUAAUCCCAGGCUCUCGUGUCAGUGGUGACGGUGGUCGUCGUUUUGGCGUUUUGUUUGGUCGGAACUGAAGAGCAGGUUUGUUUUGGCGGCGUAACAUUAAGUUGUUUCGUAGCAGUAAUUUUUCAGUUAGUUUCAUGCUUGUGUCGAAAGAAACUGAUGAAUCUUUCUAUCAUUAAGAAGUAUUGUACAUCAAUAACAUUUACCGGAAGAAGUAACUGAUCAAAUUUGAGUGAAAUUCAAAAAAAAAUAACUUUUCCUUUUUCAGUUUUUUCGAUUUGUUUAGAAUUUAUCAAUCAUUUUGUUUUAAUAGAUAUUUGAUGAAUUAUAUUUGAACUGAUUUCAAGUAUAAAGAAAAUCUUCAAAAAAGGUUUUUUGACGAAGAAAACCAGGAAAUUUCGAUCAUUGCGAGAUUAUAAGAGAAAAAGUUUUAUUUUGAUAUAAUCUUGCCGGGUAAAAAGAACUUUUAGCAUGGAAACUGCUUAUUAUGGAAUUAAGAUCGUUGGCAUUAUUCAAUCAUCAAUUCGUCGAACCAAUUGCUCAGAAUGAACUAUGAAAUGAUUCGAAAAUGAAAAAAAUCACGAAGAAAAUGUUUUUAUUGUUAGAAUAAUUUGAAUGAAAACCCUUCUUUCCCUUUUCCAAGAACAUCGCCAGAGUUUUCCGGGCUUCAAUUAAAUUUUUAACUUUUAGUCACUAUAUUAUCGAAAACGUAGCCCAUCUGUGUUUUUAUCCCGUUGGAUUGACUAGUCUUCUUGUACCACUAUUCGUUCCGUGUGUGAUGUCCGGCGUGUAACUGUAGCUUGCCACGGUACCCAAGCCAUCACAGACCGAACCGACGGUGGCCAAGAAGGUCUGGUCCACCACGCGUCAAACAAUGCGUCGUUUCAAAAAGGAUUCCCCUGGAGGCGCCGGCGUCGAGAUUCGCAUCGUCAACAUCGACAUCGACGCAGAAGCGGCCAGGACAAGCAGCAGCGAUUCUUACUCUGCUCCUGAUUCACACAGGGCCCUCGCCAAUUGCGAAGUCUCCGUCUGA